AUGGCAACGACGUUAUCACGAGCUUCGAGUGUAAAUUCAGGGCCAUAUCCGAGUCCACAAAACAAUAGUAACCCGCCGCCAGAUUCGGGAAACAACGGCGGAGGACCUUCUCGUCGUCGUGGACCAAUCAACAAAAGAGCGUGUCAACGUUGUAGACAAGGGAAGAUAAAAUGUGAUGGAAAUGCAGAGACGGGAGCACCAUGUAGCAAUUGUGACGUCAACACGUGUAAAUAUGAUAAUAGCCCGAGAAAAAACAAGCAAGUAGAAGCUCUUAAAACGCGAAUGAAUGAGAUAGAAAACAAGUUAAGACAACAGAUUACAGUCACAGAAAAUUUAACGAAAGAGAACGCCACUCUACAUCAGGGAGUUGAGGUGAAACAGUUGGAGAAACAAGUUUUGAAAGAAUUAUACGGACAACGAGAUUAUUUUGUCACUGCACAAUAUCAGUCGCUUUUUGAGAACUUGCAGAAAGUUUUAAUAGAAAGUCGAUGCUUCGUAGCAAUCCUUCAACUGAUCAAAGAACAUCUGGUGAGAUUACCAUUAAUGGAUAAUCAGAAUAGAACUGACGAUAUUAUGCAUGGACUCGAACAACUCGCAAAUAUUUCACUCAACUGUCCAAUUAACUCAAAUUAUGGUCCAUUAUCACCAGAAAAUAAUGCGAUUAUUCAUCGGAUAAACAAUUAUUUGAAUGGAUACGAGGAGUCAACAGCAGCGACUACGACAGCAUCAGCGACACCAUCACAACCACCGCCAAUAGUUACCACUAUUCCCUCAUCACGUGGUUCACAAAGCCCUACAAAUAACACACCAAAUCCUUAUAUGGUAACACCCUCAUCAUCCGUCGUCUCCAUAUCAAAUAAUAAUAACAUCAACAACGGGGUAAUUGAUCAAAUAUCCAGUCCAAGCAAUAAUCUUGGCUUGAAUACGCUCAGCAUUCACUCACCAUCUGAGUCCAAUAAUAAUCACACAAAUUACAGUUAUAACAAUAAUACUGUCAUCAACUCUAGUAAUGAUAAUCUCGUACCUAACACUGCUGACGACUUAUUAUAUUCGUCAAUAGCGACUGAUACAUUCCCCGGUUUAUUUUUCUUGGAUCCUUCGGGGCUUUUUGACGCAGAUAAUAUUUAUUUAAGUUCCAAUCAACCUAUGGAAGAUGAGUAUGCGUACUCGAAUAAUCAACAAUAA